GCCCCGGCCGCUAAAUAGGUCAUAUAUGUCAAGUUGGACAUUUUGAAAUAAGCAUUACAUCUCCAUGAUUUAAAAAUGCCUAUUUUGCUAUUUUUGAUAGACACGUCCGCGUCUAUGAAUCAACGCACUUAUUUGGGUACGACGUAUCUGGACAUUGCUAAAGGCGCGGUUGAGAUCUUUAUGAAGCUGCGUGCCCGAGAUCCGGCUAGUAGAGGCGACAGGUACAUGCUAGUUACAUUUGACGAACCGCCAUAUGGAGUUAAGGCGGGCUGGAAGGAGAACCAUGCCACCUUCAUGAUGGAGCUGAAGAACCUGCAAGCACUGGGCCUCACCACCCUGGGUCAGGCCUUGCGGGCUGCUUUCGACCUGCUAAACCUCAACCGGCUUGUGUCGGGGAUUGACAACUACGGACAGGGCCGAAACCCCUUCUUCCUGGAACCUGCUGUCAUCAUCACCAUCACGGAUGGGAACAAGCUGACCCAGGGAUCAGGGGUGCAAGAGGAGCUCCACCUGCCCUUGAACUCACCCCUGCCCGGCAGCGAACUGACCAAGGAGCCUUUUCGCUGGGACCAGCGCCUCUUUGCUCUUGUCCUGCGCCUGCCGGGUGCCGCCGUCCCUGAGAGCGAGCAGCUGGGCAGCGUGCCCAGCGAUGAAUCGGCCAUCACCCAGAUGUGCGAGGUCACUGGAGGCCGGUCCUAUUGUGUGCGCACCCAGCGCAUGCUGAACCAGUGUCUGGAGUCGCUGGUCCAGAAGGUUCUCAGUGGAGUAGUGAUUCAUUUUGAGAAAACGGGACCAGACCCGCCUGUGCUGAGCGAAGACGGUCUGGUCGAUCCAGUUCGCUGCCUCACGCCCAGUCUGGGCCCACAGCCGUGGCACAGCUGCCACAAACUCAUCUACGUGCGGCCCAACCCCAAGACCGGUGUGCCGGUCGGUCACUGGCCCAUCCCAGAAUCCUUCUGGCCAGACCAGAACUCCCCCACCUUGCCGCCCCGCUCCGCUCACCCCGUGGUGCGCUUCUCAUGCGUGGACUGUGAGCCCAUGGUAAUCGACAAGCUGCCCUUCGACAAGUAUGAGUUGGAACCCUCGCCGCUCACCCAGUACAUCCUAGAGAGGAAGUCUCCACACAUGUGCUGGCAGGUGUUUGUGAGCAGCAGCGGGAAACACAGCGACCUGGGCCAGCCCUUCGGCUACCUGAAGGCCAGCACCACGCUCACCUGCGUCAACCUCUUCGUCAUGCCUUACAACUACCCUGUCCUGCUGCCGCUCCUGGAUGACCUGUUCAAGGUGCACAAGCUGAAGCCGAGCCUGAAGUGGCGGCAGGCCUUCGAGGUGUAUGUCAAGUCCAUCCCCCCCUACUACCUCCUGCCACUGAAGAAAGCUCUGAGGAUGAUGGGAGCUCCAAAUCUCAUCUCUGACAACAUUGACUGUGGCCUGAGCUACAGUGUUAUCUCCUAUCUAAAGAAACUCAGCCAGCAGGCCAAGAUCGAGUCAGACCGCUUGAUUGUGUCUGUGGGCAAGAAGCCUCCUCAGGAGACGGGAAUCAGGGUGAGGAACCGCCUGUGUGCUGUGUCACUGGCCCACCGCUGUGACUUCAAGCACCUGCUGCAGGGCAUCACCGGCGAGGCCCCCCUGCCGGAUAUAAACCUGAAGGAGUUUGCCGGCUUUCAGAUUGCACUUCUCAACAAGGACCUGAAGCCCCAAGCAUAUCGGAAUGCCUUUGACAUUUCGCGACGGAAUCUUCUGGAUCAGCUCACGCGUAUGCGUACCAAUCUUCUUCGCACCACACAGAGGCUCAUUCGAGGGCAGGAUGACGACUACUUACAUAGCAUUCCAGUUGCUCAGAUGGGCAACUACCAGGAAUACCUGAAGAUGAUGCCCUCCCCGUUGAGGGAGAUUGACCCUGACCAGCCCAAGCGCCUGCACACUUUUGGAAAUCCCUUCAAACAGGACAAGAAGGGAAUGAUGAUCGACGAAGCCGAUGAGUUUGUUGCGGGGCCCCAGAACAAGAAAAGAGGGGUAAUGGGAGAAACUGGCUCAGGGGUAGCACUGAAGAGGAGGAGGAGCAUGUCGCCACUGCUGCGUCGUCCUUUGACUCCACCCAUUGUGGCCAACCACGUGAUGGGGAAAGGGGCACCUGGUACCCCGACCAACAACAGCAUUGUCAAGCCCAUUGCGCUGCAUAAAGGAAUGGAGGGCAACAUUUUGCUGGGGGCGGAGACGAAUGGAGAGCGGAUGAAGGGUGCAGAGCUGGUUGUGGGUUGGCCUGGAGUGGCGGAUGGCGUUGAAGGUGUGGGCAAAGAUGGUGAUAACGGGGCCCCCUCGGAGGAUAGAUUUGGAGAAGAUGGCCUGGAUGAAAGGUCCUCCAUUCAGCAGGAUCACUGCGAAGAACUGAGUCCCUCCAGAAUGGAGGUGGUUGCAGAACGAACCGAGGGAGGGGAAGAGUCUUCCCAGGUGCUUCAAAUGAUCACCAUACCCCCACUGGAGGGCAGCAAUGCGGAACUGCGUACAAGGGUCAUCAAAGAAGUGCGGAAGCCUGGUCGCAAUUAUCAGGCAAUAUUCCAGCUGCUUGAAGAAGUGAAAGGGCCUGUGGAAGUACAGAAGUACUUCAUUCAACAUGCUAUUAAGGAAGCAGCAAGGUUUAAGAAGAGGGUCCUGAUCCAACAACUGGAAGCAGCCCUCGAGGAGUUGGAGGGGAGACAGCUUCCGUCCACCCGCCUCAACAACAUCCAUGGCAGGUAGAGCUGGAGCUCCACACACCUCCAGGGGACUGAGGCGCAGGAGGCUGGGACCACAAAGGCCCAGGGCCAGGGCCAGCUGCAGCACACGGGUCGCUCCACAGCUGAGCACAAGGAGAGGGAGGAACGCACAUCCGUGACCCAUAUCUGCACCCUGCAGGAAGUGUGUCUCUACACUUCUUUUCGUUGACUAGAUCACAGGUGAAGGUGGUAGCGGAUCUGUUGUAAUGCCCCGUGUUCACCCCCCCCCAUGCUCAAUCCAGGGCAAGGAUUGCCUCAAUUCUUGGGUUGUGGGUUGAGGCAUGGAGAACCAAGCAUGGGGCCCACAGUAUACUGCCAUUUCAUAGAAGAGCUGGGGUCAGGUGAGCUUCUCCAGGACCUGAUUUCCUGGUGGUUAGAGGCCCCAUGUUGCCGGACUACUGGUGGACCUCUGCAAGCAGGCUGAGCAGGUCACACAAGGAAUCCUAUCUACCUCAGGCUCGGGUUUUCUUUCAUAUUAGUUUAACAGGUGUGUUUUUUUAAAAAAAAA